AUGUCUUCUCCAUUAUAUACUGUUUCAAACGGUGAAAAUUAUUCGGAAAAGAAGAAAACAGCAAUAACACGAGCUCGUGCAACGGAUGAAGAUCUCGGAAAUAUUUUCAAUCCUCGAACAUACGUCGUUGGUUCUCACAAAUUUGCACGAGAAUAUCUACGCGAACGUUUGAAUCGCUCGAUUCUUCAUGAAUUUAGCAUUGAUGAACAAAAGGCACGAAUCGAAUUAGCUGCUGCUUACCGUUUAGCUGCUAAGAACGGCUGGUUAGAAUCGAUUUAUAAUCACAUAACUUGCAAUGUAGAUGGGCCAAACGGCGAACAUCAUUUAUUAAUCAAUCCAUUUGGUUUAAAUUAUCGCGAAAUUACUGCAUCAUCAUUGGUGAAGAUUGAUUUCGAUGGAAAUACAAUUCAUCCAGGUGUUGUUGGCGAUAUCUUUGGAAUAAACAAAGCUGGUCUCGUNAAAAUAAGAAAGAUUGUAAUAGAUAUCUUGAAGAAACAACGAACUCGAAGUGAAAUGAUUUGA